AUGUCAAAUCGCAACCCUUCCCACGUAAUAGUCGAGUCCCUCUCCAAUGCCGGCGUAAAAAUCGUCUUUGGUAUCCCCGGCGCAAAAGUGGACGGGAUAUUCGACGCAUUGAGUGACCACCCAACCAUCAAACUAAUCGUCUGCCGUCAUGAGCAAAACGCCGCUUUCAUGGCAGCCGCAGUCGGCCGUCUGACCGGAGCUCCAGGUGUCUGUCUGGUUACUUCUGGACCAGGAACGAGUAACCUCGUCACUGGGCUUGCAACAGCAACGACAGAGGGAGAUCCCGUACUCGCAAUAGCGGGGACAGUGUCUAGACUACAGGCAGCGCGACAUACACAUCAAUCCCUCGAUGUGAACAAAGUGCUGGAAGGGGUUGGAGUUGAAGAUCAGGUUAGCGAGGUCAUUGCCAAUGCCUUUCGGCACGCCCGUCAAUUCCCACAGGGCGCAACAGCUGUGGCCUUGCCAAUGGAUAUUAUCAAAAGUACCUCUGUGGGUGUACCUCCAUUCCCGAGUCUGAGCUUUGAGGCCCCCGGUUAUGGUUCAAGCAAUACGAAACUGUGCAAGGUUGCUGUCGACAAGCUUAUAGCAGCUAAAUAUCCUGUGAUAUUGCUGGGUAUGAGAUCUUCAGACCCAGAGAUUGUGGCUUCAGUUCGUCGAAUGAUCAAAGAUCACACCUUGCCUGUUGUAGAGACCUUCCAAGCUGCAGGCGCAAUCAGUGAAGAUCUAUUGCACAGAUAUUACGGUCGUGUAGGACUGUUCAGAAACCAGCCAGGAGAUAAGGUACUAGCCAGAGCAGACCUCAUCAUUGCAGUGGGCUACGACCCUUAUGAAUACGACGCUGAAACGUGGAAUGUGAACAAUCCUGCGACGAUUCAUAACAUCAUUCAUAUUGAUUACACUCAUUCCAGGGUAUCGCAACAUUAUAUGCCACACGUUGAGCUUCUGGGUAACCCAGCAGACAUCGUCGAUGAACUUACCGCCAGCCUGCAAGCUCUAAAGCCCAACUUCUGGUCCGGUGCGGAGGAUACAUUGGAAAAUAUUCGACAGGAAAUUGCCAGAUGCGAAGCAACUGCAACACACACUGAGUCAUUACAGGAUGGAGCUGUACAACCGACUCAUUUCGUCUACCAACUCCGCCAUCUCCUCCCCAAGGAGACCAUUGUAGCCGUCGACGUUGGCACCGUCUACAUAUACAUGAUGCGAUAUUUCCAGACAUACUCACCACGUCAUUUACUCUGCUCCAACGGUCAACAGACCCUUGGCGUCGGUCUACCCUGGGCAAUCGCAGCAAGUCUAAUCCAAGAACCCCCCUGUUCCCGCAAAGUGGUCAGCAUCAGCGGCGACGGCGGCUUCAUGUUUAGUUCGCAAGAGCUCGCGACUGCAGUCUUGCAAAAAUGUAACAUCACCCAUUUCAUCUGGAAUGAUUCCGGGUACAACAUGGUCGAAUUCCAGGAAGAGGCGAAAUACGGUCGUAGCUCCGGUAUCAAGUUGGGAGGUAUUGAUUUUGUCAAGUUUGCGGAAGCGUUUGAUGGUGCAAGGGGUUUUAGGAUUAACUCGACUAAGGAGGUAAAGGAGGUUAUCAAGGAAGCGUUGGCGUUUGAGGGGGUGGCUAUUGUGGAUGUUAGGAUUGAUUAUAGUAGGAGUCAUGAGUUGAUGAAGGAUAUUAUUCCGAAGGAUUAUCAGUGA